GACGCAGACACCUGCGGAGGCUUGAUGGCAGUGACGUAGGCUGCGGAAAGCGCCGACGCAGGCACCAAGCCGAGGACAUGAACGGCCAAGGAUUCCAUCCUGGCUGAGGUGAGCAACACCGCCACCGCCUCGUCGGCUGACCCACCCGACUGGCAAUGGUUUGCAGGAUGCUCAUGAGUUCCCUCCAUCCACUUGUACUCAUCUACGACACCGUCCGACGAGGCGCAGAGAGCCCACAUUCGUCCUUACGUCCAUCCCAAGGGCGGCAGUUACGUCAACAGUCCAUGUGAACAUCUGGGCCAGUCUGCUCGAGGCUCUAAUCUCUACGUCGCCAGAGUACGCUGAGGCGACGUUCUUGUCUCCCAUCUCCACCCACCUCAUUCACGCUCCCAACUUGCAGCACCGUAGCGCGUGUGCCAUCAAACGCGGGAUGGUUAGCGACAGCUCCCCGUCCUGCAGCGGUGCCCGUCCACCGACACUACGCCUCUCCCCCUCUAAGUCGCCCCGGGCCUCAUCCAGCCCCGCUCUCUACGAAUUGCAAGACCAACCCAACAAGACGGGUGAUGCGACCAAUGCCGGAGACGUGACCGCCACCACGUCAGUCCAGGCGCUGAGCAAAUGUGACUCUGAAUGGUCGUCGAUUUUCGGAGGGCUCAGCACUGCCCUCGAUGACGCAGCGAUGGACGUCUCGUCGCCCGCGCCCACUUCGGCCUCCGCGGGGCCAUCGACAAUGUUCUUCGCCCCGGAAUGUACGAACAAGGCCCGCAAACGCACACGCACUCGCUCGCACAAGCGCUCACUCUCCGUCGGCGCCGAGCCCAACAGCUUCGCCUCCCCUGAGAGUCUCCUCCCCCUCCGCCUCGACCCCGGGGAAGAGCUGCCGCGCGGCCAGCGCAUCCCCAUCCGCGCAAUCAGCGGAUUCCACCCACACCUUUACACGCUGCGGCUGAGCUCGAGCCGUCCGGUCGAGGAGCCACCCCCACAGCUGUCCCGGAACGCUCUCCUCGCCUCGCCCAUACAUCUGGGCGGCAAAGCCCCCGCGCCCUUGAAGCUGCCGGUGAAGACGAAGGAUAGCGAGCCACAGAGUGAAUCGCACACAUCCGCCCCCAUCCCCUUCCCGGGCGCCAGUCCCUCCUCGCCGGCGCCGGAGCCAGAGGCCCCCGACCACCUCUCGCCCAGCGGCGAGUCGUCGCCGGGCUCUUGGCUGCGCUCCCCCACGAUGGCCCGUCCCCGCUUUCGCAGCGACGGCUCGGACGCCGACGCCAUCAUGUUCACGCCGCGCCAGCUGGAGUUCGAGGAUGACAGCGGGCCGCUCGUCACGAGUCGCCGUUUGUGGAGCCAGUUUGACGGCGGCCCAGAGCCUGCCACUGCCCGUUCCUUGCCGGGAACGAGCCUACCCAUAUCGUUGCAGGGUGGGUUUCAGAGCAUGGCGCUCGGCCCCGCAUUCGAGCCCAGCGAGUGCAGCUGCCCGACAGAGCCGCUAUCGCCGGCAUUUGCGCUUGAGACCGAGCCCGGUCUGAGCAAGUCGUGAUUCACCGAUGGCGGGAGCCUCCUCAUUGUAUUGUAGGUUGUAGUCGGAUGUAUGCUGUCAAGGGCAAUGAUGAG